GCCUAAGAUUUAGUGUCCACUGUGUAUAUUCCAUUUGACAACAUGGUUGUCGAGAAACAUCACUAUAAAAUUGCAAUGACAGAGUUUCCGGUGCAAAGAUAAGAAAAAAAUUCGUGAUUUGAACAUGUUCGUUAAAUAUUGCAAGACGAAGAAAGGAUAGUUUUAAUCGAUGCAGACUCGAUGUUAAGUGCUGUGAAUCAACUAGAUAUACAUUCAUGUUAAAACUGCGUCACAAAUAAUGUUAUCGAUUAAUUUUUUAAGAACCUCUGAGUCAGUAGCCAAACGAUCAAAUAAUAGUAAUAGGAAAGCGAUUGAUAUAGAAUUAUUAAUGAGGUUCUCAUUUUUUAUUGUGAUUUUUAUCGUAACAACCCACCUAUUGUCGACGGUCAGUGCAAGUGAGUCAUUGGGAAAUCCGUAUAAAAUAUUAGGUGUUCACAAACGUGCGACCUUACAAGAAAUUAGAAAAGCGUACAAAAAUCUUGUCAAAGAAUGGCAUCCAGAUAAAACCAAUCACCCAGGUGCAGAAAACAAAUUUGUGGAAAUUACUAAAGCUUAUGAGAUUUUAACAGAUCCAGAAAGAAGAAGGAAAUUUGAUAAUCAUGGAAUUACAGAAGAAAGUAUUUCUAGGCAACGAAGAGACAAUAGUCACUUUAACAAUGUGUUUGAUCCAUUGGAAGAACUACUUGCCAGAAACUUCAAAUAUCAUUAUCAAAAUCGAGACAUUUCACUUUUUUAUAAGAUGAGCAUCACAUAUCGAUCAUUUGAAAAUAUAAUAGUACCAAAAACUUUACAUACACCUUAUCUGAUAUUAUUUUAUUCGGACUGGUGUUUUGCAUGUUCACAAGUAGAACCAAUAUGGCGACGUUUGAUUGAUGAGUUAGAACCUCUGGGUCUUGGUUUAGCAACUGCACAUGCUGAAAAAGAGUCUGCUUUAGCAAGGAAACUAGGAAUUCAUUCGCUACCAUGUCUUGUUGUUACAAUAGAUGGCCGUACAAGUGUAUAUAAAGAAUCUCUUUUUAGUAUCCAAAAGAUUGUUGACUUCUUACGAAACAAAUUUCCAUAUAAAUUAAUACCUAAUAUAAAUAAAAAUAAUGUAGAUAAGUUCCUCUCAGGAUGGAUAGAUAAUCGAAUUCGAGCUUUAAUAUUUGAUAAGAAAGAAUCUGUGAGAUUACGAUAUCUAUUCAUUGCAUUUUAUUAUAGAGACCGUGUUGCAUUUGGUUUUGUUCAGACGGGAAAAUUAGAUACUGAACUUAUUGUAAUGAAAUAUAAAAUUUCUGUGGACUUGGAUACUUUAUUGUUAUUUAAUGAAAAUUCUGAGAAACCUAUGGCAUCUGUCAGUAUGAAAGAUAUAUCAAGUGACACAAUGCACAAUGUUAUUUCAAAUAAUAAAUUCCUUGCUCUACCAAGACUUUCAAAUCAAGCAAUGCUAGACUCAGUUUGUCCACCUGAGUGGUUAAGACCUCAAAAACGAUUAUGUGCAGUUUUAAUAUCACAACAAAAUAGUCCUCUUCAUGAUUUAGCUAGGCAUAAAUUUAGACAAGCAGCUUUAGAAUCAUCUUACAGUACUGAAAGGGUACGAUAUACGUACGUAUUUAAGGAUACACAACCAGAAUUUGUAUCAGCAUUAUCAACGGGAGAAGGUAGUCCUUUAGAGCCUUUAUUACAUAUUGUCAUUAUUUGGAGAAGGGACGCGAAUCAUUUGAAAUAUGAAUGGUUACCUACUGGUUGGAUUGAAGCUGCUCAAGAUGAAACUCAGUGGAACGAAACACGUCGCAACUUAGAACAAACCAUACAAAGAUUAUUACGUGCAUCGGAAGCUUUGCCAUAUGCCGCAGUUGUAGGAGAACUAGCAGAUGAACAUGCACAGGGUACUGUAGACAAACUUAUUGGAAAAGCGUUAUUAGCUGUAGAUUAUAUUUCUGAUAGUCUUACUAAGGAGCAAAUAUUGCCUUUAGUAUCAGUAAUUGCUACUUUAAUGUUAAUUGGUGUUGCGGGGUAUGGGAUGUCAUAUCUAGCAAAAUUAGAGGAAGCAAGUAUUCAAGCUGAACGUGCUCAAUGUAAGGAUAAUAAUAAACCAACGCCGUCACAGCCACAAUUGCGAUUACACGAAUUGCGGGCAGAGAAAUACAAUGGUUUAGUUCGAUUAUUAAAACCAGGUUGUAGAACCAUUAUAUUAUUAGUCGACGUUCAAAGUAGAUUAAAAUUAUUACCAGCUUUUCAUAAAGCUGUGUGGCCUUAUAGAAAAAAUAAAACUCUUAUGUUUGGACAUUUGUCUCUCGAAAGAGGGUUAGAGUGGUAUAAAAAACUGUUAUCUCUCACCUUGCCAGAACAGAAAGAACUAAACAUAAAUGCCAAGAAUUGUGUUGGCACUGUAUUGUCUCUAAAUGGGCAUCGUAAAUAUUUUUGUAUGUACCAUGCCAAACAUCCAGAAUGUACUAAAGGCAAAGGUUCUAAGAGAAUAGAACGAAUGACAAAGCAGUUAACUCGAAGAACAGAUGAUGCAGAAGCUGGCGCAUUUAUAGGUUUUAAUAGUUCCAAUGAAUCUGAUGCUUCUGAAGAAGAGGGUGGAAAUAAUGUUUUAUGCCAGGACAAUCUUUUGGAUGGUUUACCAAUGUGGCUGGAUAGGCUAUUUGAAGGUUUAACACAUCGUUAUUAUGUAAAUUAUUGGCCCGAGUUCACUGCCAAGUAAAUGGAGUUUGGUAUACAUUUUGGUAACGUGUAUACUUCUUGCAAUAGAAAAAGGGAUCCAACUAGUCAAAAAUAUCAUGUGUCAUUUAAAAGUCCUAUACAAUUUAAAGGGAAAUACAUUCUUUAAUUUCAUGUAAAAUUAAGACAUAUUCAUUAUAUGUACAUGAAGGUAUUAUUUAUUAAUUUACACGCGAUUUCUGUAAAAAGGGAUUUUAUAAAUUGUUAUAAUAGUCGAUAAAGUUCUUACAGAUUCAGGAUUACAUUAUUUUCAUCAAUUUUCAUGAGUAAUAAAAAUUCUCGUCAUUUUUAAUAAUAUUUUUAAAGUAAUUCUAGUCGAUGCCAUUAAAGACAUAACAGUAUUUAUAUUACAUGUUUAAAUACUAGAUACUGUAUAUUUAUAUAUAUUUAUAACAUGCCAAUAAUUUGUUUUUUUUUUCCUUCAAUAUCAAUGUUACGCUAUGGUAUAUUGUUACUUUUAUACCAUUACGUUAUAACAAUUUCUACUUUCCAUAUAACAUACAAGGUUUGAUAAAAAAUACUUAUAUAUCAUAAAUGUUAGUUAUAGAAGUUAUUUUAAUUUUAUGUCGAUUUCUUUGAAACAAACAUUUUCAUUUAAUUAUCCUCUUUACAUAAUUUUCAAUUGGAAUAUCUGUUUAUUAAUAUGUAACAAAAUGUUUAUGGAAUUUAUUUUUGAAUCUCUUCGACCUUAUUAAAUUGGGAAACAUGUACUUAAUGAAUGCUCUAGUUUUUAUAUUUUUGAUAUAUUAUAUACAUUGAUGAUAUAUUGAUUACAAAUAAAUAUUAAAAAACUUUGUUCAUAUUAAUGACAAAUUUUACGACAAUUAAUAUUAUAAUUUUUAUGCUUUUAAUAAGUUUUAAUGUUCUUGAUAUAUUUAUGACAGAUAAAUCUGAAAAUAUUUUGCAUUGUAUUAUUAUGUACAAUGUCUUUCCCAAAUGAAAGAUCAAAUGUCAUUAUAAUAUUACGUAUAUUCAUAUUAUAUCGCAAAGUUUAGAAUGUUGUGUACAUUUUAAUAUAAAUUUUUUCAUUUUUAUUAUAUAUAUUGUUAUGCAAAUGUUAUUUAUAAUAGGAUUUUAAGAUAUAUUCAUUUAUGUUCAUGGAGCCACUUUUUUUUAUCAGACUUUGUAUUUAUAAUGUUAAUAUUUAAGAAUAUAUCUUUGUUUCUUCUGUGAAUAAAUAUUUAUAUUAUAUAUUUUUUUAUCCAUGUAUUUUAAUUUGUCUAUGAAGAUUGAUAACCAAAAUAUGCAUAUAUUUAUCAAUUCAUUAAUGUAAGUUUUGGUUAAAAAUUUAUGGUAGUAAUAAAGAUAAAUAAUUACAUGCUUUAUAAACAAUUUAUAGUUCAUGGAAAGAGAAUGAUUAAUAUUCUCAUAUAGAACAAUAAUAUCAAUUAAUAUAAAAACUAGUCCCUUUUCAACCUACAUUUAAGUAAUCUAUAUCUUUAGAUUAUAUUUUUAAUAAUUACACAAAUCACUGCAUUCUCCAUUUGAAUGUUAAGUCAUCACAUAAGUAAUGUCAUUUUUGUACUUAGGAAAUUAAAAAGCAAUAGCUUGUUUUUCUUUUUCUUUUGAUUUUUCAAUUUACGGUAUAUUAUGCUGUAUAUGAUUUUACAUUUCACUUGCUUAUUUUAUAAAUUAUUCUUCCUUUUGUUAAAAAGAAGCUGUAUUAUUUAUUUCAGUUAUAGUUAUCUUUUUAUUAACUGUGCAAUUUUAUAUUUAAGAUGUUAUUCAAUUAAGAUUUAUACUAAAAUAUGCAAAUCUAAAAAAUUGUAGAAAAUUACUGUUUAAUUUCCUAAUUUUUGUAUCUCAAGAUUUGUUGUCUCAAGAUUGUUUAUUGAAUUGUUGAUCAUAAAAUUAUAUUAAUCUAAGUGAAUUAUUGAAAUUAACUAUUCCUUUUAUGCGAAAAUUAUUUCUAGUGAUAAUUCAGCUAAUAAAUGAUGGCAAAUUUUAAUUUUUCUAAGGGAAAAGUUAAUCUAUCAAAAACAAAUUAUUACUACUAUAAAAUAAUAUAAAAAAAAUAAAAAUAGUAUAAUAAAUAUAGUUUCUUGCUGUUUCUUUAUCAAUUCUCUUUAAGUUAAUACUUUAAAUAUUGGGUACUUAAUUGUAAUUAAUUGUUGCAAAAUUUAGCUUUCCUGCAAUAUUUGUUCUUUACUUUUUUUCUUUUCUUGUUUUUUUAUUAUUAUUUGAAUUUGAGAAAAAUUGAUCAUAUUUGAGAUUUUGAAUUGUACAUAUUAUUGAGGUGUAUAUUUUUUGUGGAGCUAGUCAAAUUACUAUGUAUUUCCGUAAAAUAUAUAUCUAUGUGUUUAAAAGAAUCUCAAAUGGCAAAUAUUGAAAUGACAUGACUUAUGAAAUGACUUUAUUAUAAAAGAAUCAAUUUACGUUUAAGAUAUACAUGGAUCGUGUUUCAUGAAAUUAUACUCGGAAUUUUUUAAUGCAUGGAAGAAAAUUAUAUAUAAAAAAUUGUUUACAUUGUGUAUACAUUCUAUAAAGAUAUUUAAAAUAUGCUGAAAUAAAGAUAUAUGAAUAAAUAUGUAUAUUAUAUUGAUUUGUAAAGUAUAAUCAAUCUGUUUUGCAAUAGCCACUAUUCAAAACCCUAUAUAAAUAUUUAUAUAUUUCAGUAUAAAUUUGUACAGUUUAUUAAUAUUUUUUAAAUUUGAUAUUAUCAGAAUUAAUUAUUUGAAUAAACAAAAAGUUUAGAUUUUGAUAAAUCAUAUUGAAGACCAUUGCAAAUAAUGAGCUUCAUCUUAUACAGACGCAAUGUUUUACAGAUUAUAAUUAUUAAAAAAUAAUUUAUAUUAUUUCUAUGUAAUAUAAAUUUUUUUUAAGGUACUAUUUAAUUUCAAGAUAGAGUUCAAAAGUUCAAAGUGUUUUUUCUUACUAUAAAGAUUUUUAAUAUUUUAUUGACGCUUACAUAUACCAUAUCACUUCAUACAAAUAAAAUACUUAUUCGACUUAAAUAAAAUAUAUACGUAAUGUACAUAAUUCUUCUUUGUAUAACGAUGUAAAAUACAAUAAUUAGUUGAAUAAUAUAAAAAAAUUAUAAUUUCAAGCAAAGUUUAUUGUUUUCGUUUAAACUCCGGAAAUACUUCGUACAUUAGAACUUCAAAGAUAUC